UGAAAUUAUUUGAUAGAAUGAUUUUAAUAACUUCCAGGAGCAGCGAGAAAGCCCGUUCAAUCCCUAACCACACCUCUCACCCAAUUUGUUGAAUUUGAGUCCCUCGUCGCCGUGCCGGACCGCACCCAAUACAAAGCUUCUUCUUCUCCGCUACAUAUUUGUAACACUCCAGAUUUGCUAUCGUGUGUCAGUAUUUACUUGCAAUCUCUGCACAGGAAUAUGGAGGCAAAUUCAGCUUCAUAUGAACAUGAGGAUCAAGAUGAAUAUGUUCUACUUGACCUGGAUAGUGUUUCUGACUUAAUUAACCUUCCAGCAAAUGCCAAGUAUGUUCUUACUGGCCUUGAUACAUUAAACCCAGAAUUGAUCAUUGAUGACAAAUUUAAGCUGAUUGGGCAAUAUGAGGAGUCAAUUGGCACAUGUCUUGCUUUUACCGAACAAGAUGCCCCCGUGGUUCAUGAAGAGACAGGAUCAUCUGAAGUGAACCUUUUCUCUAGAACAAGACUAAUUGAUUCAAGUCAAACUCCAACAAAGCAAGUGAAACCUUUUUGUCAGCUUCACAAGAUUCUCAAGUUUAAACUAUCACCCGAUUCUGAAAUCCAUACCAUCACACAUGAGGAGGUUAAGUGAAUUUAAAGCUUACGAGAGAACAUGGGAAUGGGUGCCAAUUGUGUACCUUUUUGAAAAAUUACAUGUUCCCUUGGAUUUUCUUUUAGAUUUGUACAUAGAAUAGAACCUUUUUCAAACAUUGUUCUUUCGUAGGUGUAUAUAUAUACAUACGUUUAAGGAUUAUACCUUCAGUUUAUCUAACAGUAAAUUAAUGUGUUUGAUUUGAUAUUUUUUUCUGGUGAACCUCCAAUUAUAAAGGAUGGGUUCAAUGUUAUCCAAAAUUUGAAAAAGAAAGAAAAGAAUCGGGAUAUGGUUAGAAUAUCUAUAUUCAAUUGC